UCUGAUUUUGCUACAAUAAUCUUUGAGCUUCAUAUAACCCUCCGGUGCACGGUGCACCUGGUAUCAAUUUACUUCCUCUUUGCGCUUUCAUCCCAAGCCCAUCCAGACCAUUCCUCCAAACCCAACGAUGAUACUAUUUUCAGUCGCAGCUUCACUCUGGUGGCUUUCAGCAGUGUUAUCUGUUUCUAGAGCAGAAAAAUGCCCGUCUUACGUGCUCUCGGAACUAAACAAAACCGUGGACGGAUUCGAUGCGUCACUAAUGCUGAAUGGUUCGCCAUGCCAAGCUGAUGACAUUGCAUCUUUGAAAUUGAUUGUGAAUUAUGACACAGACGAGCGUCUUCACGUUCGGAUUGUGGACGCUGGGAAGAAGCGUUACGAAGUCCCAGAUUUUCUGUUUCCACGUCCUAUCCACUCUACGAAUGUGCUCCCAAAGAGUUCUGCCAAUACCGGUCUUGUGUUUUCAUACGAAACUGCACCCUUUUCUUUUACUGUUUCCCGCCGAAGCACCCGGGAAGUUUUAUUCUCAACGAUUUCGCAUCCUAUCAUCUACCGGGAUAAACACAUCCAGAUCGCGACUCAAUUGUCUCCAAAUGCCAAUAUUUACGGCUUGGGAGAAAGCACUGAUACGUUCCGGAUCAACUUGGAUGGAAAUGGCACUCGGAGAACCAUGUGGGCACGGGAUGCAUACGGGACACAAAAGGGAACCAACUUAUAUGGGACACAUCCCAUAUACUACGACCAUAGACCCAAUGGCACACAUGGGGUUUUCCUCUUGAACUCGAAUGGAAUGGACAUUACUUUGAACAAGGAAUCGAUUCAAUAUGACGUUACUGGUGGGGUGCUGGAUUUUUACUUCCUGGCAGGGCCCUCACCGGUGAAGGUUGCUGAGCAGUAUUCCGCGCUAGCCGGUCUGCCCGCCAUGAUACCGUACUGGUCCCUUGGUUUCCAGCAAUGCAGAUAUGGAUACUCAAAUUAUGUCGAAGUGGCCGAAGUAAUUGCUAAUUAUUCCAAAGCAGGAAUUCCAUUGGAGACAAUGUGGACCGACAUCGAUUACAUGUACAAACGCCGCACUUUUACGCUUGACCCUGAUUAUUUUCCGCUGAAUCGGAUGCAGGAGAUUGUCAAAUCACUCCACAAAAACAAUCAACGUUACGUGAUGAUGAUCGAUCCAGCCGUAGCUUACCAACCUGGGGACAAAGGAACCUUUGAUCGAGGCACGGAGGCUGAUGUAUUCAUGAAAGAGAAAGACGGGAAGGUCUUUCAAGGGGUAGUUUGGGCAGGCGUUAGUGUGUAUCCAGAUUGGUUUCAUCCAAAUGCUGAGGCGUUCUGGAUUAAUGAGAUCGAAAGAUUCUUUAAUCCGACAAACGGUAUCGACAUCGAUGGAAUUUGGAUAGACAUGAAUGAGCCUGCCAAUUUUGCCUUACCUUGUGCCUAUCCGUGUAACAACACAAACUUAUUGCCCGGUGCCCAGGCCAUUGCAUCUGGAAACCCACCGGCACGUAAGAACCCUCCUCCUCCGAAAGAUGUUCCUCUACCUAUUGGAAAACUACAUGGCCGUCGAGGGGUGGAGGACAACACUCAAUAUCAAAUACAUAAUGCCGCUGGAGAACUUGCCAAGGGAACUAUUCGCACGGACUUGGUUCAUCACAACGGAUUAACCGAGUAUGAUGUCCACAACCUCUACGGUACUUUCAUGUCUUGGAUCACUCGCAAAGCAAUGCUACAUCGAAGAAGCAAGGUGCGACCUCAAGUAGUGACCCGAUCAACUUUUGCAGGCGCCGGAGCAUAUGUUGCUCAUUGGACUGGCGAUAAUCUCUCCGAUUGGACCCAUUAUCUGUCUUCCAUCACCGAAAUCAUGUCAUUUGCUGCACUCUUCCAAAUUCCUCUGGUUGGCGCGGAUGUCUGCGGUUUUGGCUCUAAUACUAAUGAAGAACUUUGUGCCAGAUGGGCGUCCUUGGGGGCAUUUUAUCCAUUUUAUCGAAAUCACAAUGAGCUUGGCAUGAUCAGUCAAGAAUUUUACCGUUGGGAAUCUGUAGCUCGCUCUGCUAGAAAUGCGAUCAAGACUAGAUACAGCCUGUUGGAUUAUUUCUACACUCACAUGAGAAGGCAGAGCUUGACCGGUGAACCUGCCCUAAAACCUCUUUGGUUUGCGUACCCUCAAGACACAUCAACAUUUGGGAUCGACAAACAAUUUUUCUUUGGAGAUGCUAUUUUGAUCUCACCAGUCGUUGAGGCGAAUUCUAUAACAGUCAAUGCUUAUUUCCCGGAAUCUAAUUACAUUGAAUUUUCCAGUAGGAAAAUUGUAGGCAAUUCAGGUAACAUAGACUUGAAAAACAUUCAAAUAGAUCAGAUACCGGUACACAUCAAGCCGGGAUCAAUUUUACCAAUUCGGCAAGUCGCUACCAACCAAACAUUAGCUAUGACAACAACUGAGGUCAGGAGCAAAAGUUUCGAGAUCCUAGUAUUACCUAAUAGUUCAGGCUCAGCCAAGGGUUCACUAUACUUGGAUGAUGGAGAAUCGCUUGAACCGCUUGCUGAAGAAACUGCCGACUUGGAAUUUACCUACGAUCAACGCGUCUUGCACAUCUCGGGUCGACUAGGCUCCAGGUUAAAAGAUAUAAGCAUUUCCGUUGGCCAAUGGACAUUUUCAAACGUUCCAAACAUCCAAAAAAUCAAGGGGAUGCGUGUAAUAGACAGUCCUCAGCUCGAAUCGGGUGCCCAACUAUUGCCUGUGCAUGUUGAUGCAAAAACCAGGUCGAUUUACGCACGAGGGAAUUGGAAGCUGGCACCAGGAAUGAAGAUUGCAUUAGUCUACUAAAGCCCUGCUUGGCCGAUUCUGACCUGGGGAGAGACUUGUGUGAUGUUGGUCAAUGGAGGUCAAAGAAUGACCUGUUAUCCUAUUUCCAAGAGGUGCACCGACUGUCAGAAUGAGUUGGAAUAUGUGACAUUUCUAAAUCAAUCAAGUCAUUCACUUCAGACUGCUCUCAAAUUAAAUCAAGUUUUCAGACAAGGUAGUGGUGUCGAAGUUUUGCGUAGUCCAAGAUCCUGUUCGUUCACACUUGAAUUUGAAAGCUUGCAUUGCAACAAACAAGAAAUAAUAGUAUUGUAACUCAGUUCCAUCCAAAGGAUAUCAUUUUUC